GGGCCCACCCCUUUUUGCCUUUCCAGGCUGGGAGGCUGGGCCAGUGGGCCUUUUAAGCAGCCUGGGCUGGCUGUUCCGGACACCAGCCCUGGACGCCGUGCCUGGCCCCUGUGGUCCCGGCAGCCCGGCCAGCCCGGCCAGCAUGCAGCAGCAGCAGCCCCCGCCCGGGCCCCGGGCCCCGGCCGCCGAGCCGACCAAGCCUCCCUACAGCUACAUAGCCCUCAUUGCCAUGGCCAUCCAGAGCUCGCCCGGGCAGCGGGCCACCCUCAGUGGCAUCUACCACUACAUCAUGGGCCGCUUCGCCUUCUACCGCCACAACCGGCCUGGCUGGCAGAACAGCAUCCGCCACAACCUGUCACUCAACGAGUGCUUUGUCAAGGUGCCCCGUGAUGACCGCAAGCCAGGCAAGGGCAGCUACUGGACACUGGACCCCGACUGCCACGACAUGUUCGAGCACGGCAGCUUCCUGCGCCGCCGCCGCCGAUUCACCCGGCGGACAGGUGCUGAGGGCACCAAGGGCCCUGCCAAGGCACGCCGUGGACCCCUCAGAGCCACCAGCCAGGACCCAAGGGUCCCCAACACCACGACCGGCAAGCAGUGCCCAUUCCCGCCAGAGCUGCCAGACCCCAAGGGCCCAAGCUUUGGGGGUCUGGUUGGGGCCUUUCCAGCCAGCAUGUGCCUGGCAACCACGGAUGCCAGGCCUCGGCCACCCGCGGAGCCCAAAGAGAUGUCCACGCCCAAGCCUGCAGGCCCAGGGGAGCUCCCUGCCGCCACCUCAUCUUCCCCAUGCCCGGGGUUCGGCUUUUCUCCUGGCUUCUCUCAGGCCGAUGGUUUUAACAAGGCCCCUACACCUGCCUUGACCCCCGAGCCGGGCACCGGGAGCAGCUACCAGUGCCGGCUGCAGGCGCUGAAUUUCUGCGUGGGGGCCGACCCAGGCCUUGAGCACCUCUUGGCCUCGGCAGCCCCCUCCCCUGCACCACCUACCCCUCCAGCCUCACUCCGGGCCCCACUGCCCCUGCCAGCUGACCCCAAGGAACCCUGGGUUGCAGGUGGCUUCCCUGUCCAGGGAGGCUCUGGCUACCAACUGGGGCUGACCCCCUGCUUAUACCGGACACCAGGAAUGUUCUUCUUUGAGUGAAGGCGGCCUCGCCUUGGGCAGUCCCUGCAGGGCCCCUGCCAACUGCACCCUCCAGGUUGAGCUUAGCUCUAGGACCUGGAGAGUUCUCGAAGGACCCAGCCCUGGCAAGCCAAGGACAACCAGGACAGAGAGCCAGGAGUGAAGCCGAGCACGAGCAGAGCGUUCAGCCAGGCCCCGGGGCCUCUGCACACACCUGGGGGUGAGGGGAAGUGGGGCCCCUUGGGAUUGACCCUGUGGCUCUCAGGGCCAAUAAAGGCAAUGCGAUGAUGAG